GACCCCAUUCACUGCCAUAGCUGACCCUCUGUACAUACAUAUCUCUGGAAUUGGCAUGCGCUCAGUCUGCGCUUUGGCUGCUUUCAAUGCGCGCCAUUCAUUCGACUCGCAGUUCAGUUUUCAGUCUGCCAGCGUUCAGCACGUCCACAACGCCUGCGCACAGGGAAGUGACAACAGAAUGUUGCAAAAUUGAAAGCGUACGCAGCAUAUUUGCAACACAAGCAAACGAAAAAGAAGAAAGAAGAUAAAAACAACAACUACCGGCUACAGUUCAAGCUUUAAUUGCAACAACAAAAAUAAGUUCAACUAUUUUCAUUUGCGUUCUGACGUUCGUUCGUGUGGCUGUGUGUGUGUGUGUGUGUGUGGGGUGAAUGAAUAACAUAAAACAGACAACGGCAAUUCGAAAGCAGCAUAUAAAAUAAACAAUACCAUUUCGGGCACGGUCUGGUCAGCUGGAAGGAAGUGGCACGGCUGGUGGUGGUGGUAGCAGUGGGGGGAGAGAGGGAGUGGGUGUGGGUGCGGCUGUGUGUGUGUGUGCGUGUAGCCAAUACAGCACGCACUGCCAAAUGAUUAAAGCCCAGACAGAAGCAAUUAUGUAUCCGGCAAGUGUUGACGCCUUCUGACAACGCAUUCAACUUGAUAAAUCUCAUCUAUUCCGUUUUUGUAUCUGUAUCUGAUUCCGCAUCUGCAUCUGAAUCUCAAUUGAAAUGUGCUACGUUAUCAUAACGAGUGUGAGUCUAGUCUGGUUUCUGUGCACCCUCGUGGCAGAUAUGCUAGUGGCUGUGGCGCUGGUCACGCCCAAGUGGCUGAUUGGACCUAGUUCCAAUUUAAGUGGUGGUGCCACGCCCACCAGUGGCAGUGGGAGUCAACGUCAACCCUCCGUUGGCAUCUACACACGCUGCAAGCAGAUGCAUCAACUGGGUUAUCACUGUGGUCGCUUCGAUUUGGAUGGCUUUGCCACCGAUGGCAGCGUCUAUCCGCUGGAAUGGAAGCUGGCCAUGUUCUUCAUGUCACUGGGAUUCGUGCUGCUCUCGCUGACGGUGGCAGCCACGCUCCUCACCUGUUGCCGACAGUCCGCCUUUGGCAAGAGCAUACACAACAUGACGGCCUGUGCACAGGUGCUAUCAGGUAUCACUGUUAUGCUGGCCAUGUUCCUGCAUCCCUUGGGUUGGCGUGCACAGCGCGUGCAACGCCUGUGUGGCACGGAGGCGGAACCCUUCUAUCCCGCCGACUGCAGCAUGGGAAUCUCCUUUUAUUGCGGCUUGCUGAGCAUUCUGUUGACAUUCGCCGCCGCCGGGAUCAGCCUGAAGGCGGAGUCCUCCAACUUAAGGACACGUGUGCGCAGACGCGUCGAGGCGGGCAGCAAGUUCGUCUGCAUUCCGUAACCACAACUAGAAUGGCCAAUUUCGGGCAUUUGCACUUAAUUUAAUUUUGAAAUUAACAUAAAUAAACAACUACAACAUUUCUACAAGGAA